UGCCGGCGGGGUUGUGGCACUGGCAGCCUUCCCAGCAAUGGCUUAGCGCCCCUUGAGCCCUGGAUCAAAGUACCGACCGGCUCUGUCGGAUCUACCGCGUAUCCCUUUGAACGACCGGAAAUGUGUCUGAAUGCGCUUGCUGGCUUCGUCUUCGCCGUUUCGACGCUGGUGCUUACGAUUUCCUAAAUCCAUUUCUCCUUAAUCCUCGACCGAGAAGCAUCACGAAAAACCUCGACGACUCAAGACUGUCCAGUGCAGCAUCAAACGACGGCGAACGGCCUUUGCCCCUCUGACAUCGUCUGAUCCACCACGGCUUCAAUCCCGCGACCACUUCGAAACCUCGAAACAAGGGGCGACCUUAGGACUCCACAGACCGCACCGUCCCUGAGUGCCAGUUGGCCAGGGCGGUACUACCAACCCGACCAUCUACCUCACUGUGUGUCAAGGAUUGACACUCGAAAAAUUAAAGUAAAAGGGACGUAACGGAACUCUUGGCCCAAUGGCGUGGUCGAGAAUUGGGAUGAAGCAACGAGGCCCGAUGCCUGUGGCCUCGGUCUCAUCUCUUCUUCCGCGUCGUCUGCUGCCAUCCUCAGCUUCAUCGGUAUUCACAAACGGCGCGUGGUACUUAAUAGCAGCAGUGCUGCUAUUCGCUCCAAUGGGUUCCGGCCACGAACACCACCAAGAAAAGAUUCAGGAGGGAGAGGCGAUAUCCAUGGAUCCUAUCGAUACAACAUUAUGGGUUCACAUCUUCAUACAGAUGCUCGCCUUUGGCGUGCUGUUCCCUCUGGGAAUGGUUUUAGGGUUGGUUAAAAGCAGAUGGCACGUACCUGUCCAAACCAUUGCUUCCGCCAUUGCCAUCCUUGGCGCGAUCCUCGGCCACUCACAUGGCGGCCGCGAGUUUGCAUACAGCGCCCACGCCGGAUUUGCCGAUGUCGUUUACGGUCUCCUUUUCGUACAAAUCGUGCUCGGCGUCUACCUAAAACUACACAUCGAACGGGGCUUCCUCGGCCGCAUUCGCAGGUGGCUCGUGGUGGCACAUGGCAUAAACGGCAAGCUGUUCCCCGUCGUUUCGUGGGUGCAGCUUCUGUUUGGCGGCAUCGCGGCGCUGGGAUUCUGCCACGACGAUCACCUCGGCCAGUGCGUGGCCCAUUUCAUCAUGGGAAGCGCUUUCAUCGCCUACGGAACACUGCUCACCAUCAUGCUGCUGGCCGGCCAACUCUGGCUGAGGCGCACGGGUAGGUCGCAAGAGUUCUUCGACAGCGCUAUAAUCGCCGCUUGGGGUUGCGUCAACACCUUUACCGAGCAUCGCUGGGGAGAGGAGUGGAGGGGCAACGACUGGCAGCACACUGCCAUGGGUAUUGUCUGGUGGUGUGCCGGUUUGGCCGGUAUCUGGCUCAGCCGUGGCCGUGAUGGAUCCCCGAAGCGUAACUUUAUCCCCGGAUUCGUUUUGAUCCUCACGGGAUGGUCCAUGUCGGCACACACUCAACAUUCGAUGGCCAGUUCGGCACUGCACUCUAUGUUUGGCUACACGCUUAUGGCAGCCGGCGUGACGAGGAUCAUCGAAGUCUCGUUUGUGCUGCAGGACAAGACUGGUGUGUCGACUGCAGGUGAUGAAGUCAACAGCUUCCAAUACGUGCCCGUAUUUCUCCUGUUUGCCUCGGGUUAUCUCUUCAUGGGUGCUACAGAAGAGCAAAUGGCACUUCUCGAAAGCUCACCCAUGGACCACGUCGCCUACAUCUUGAUCCUCUACAGUCUCGCCUUCCUCACCUUCCUCUUUGUCUGCAUGCUCCUCCAUGUCUACGACAGGGCAUCCUACAACUCGGACGCGUACAAGAACCUGACGGCAGCCAACACGAGGGACGACGCCGUCAUAGAGUCUGAGCGACGCCGACUCCAGGACGUUGAGGAGUUUGAGCUCGACGGCCUGAUGACGGAUGAUGAGGAUGACGAAGAGGCGGCGAAGAGGAAGUUACUCUCGAAGGAGAAGGACGUAGAGGGCAGCACCAGCACAGGGCCGGGGAGCCCGAGCACUGUGGGGAGGAAUAGCGAUCGGGUUGCGUGAAAUGUUUCCAUCGAACCCGUGAACCACGGGAUAUAUACCACACGGCUUACAGAAGCAGCUUUUUCCUAAGACUUUCAUAACUAGAUUGAGUCCGUUUAGGCACACCCAUGAGUGAGUGCGUUAGUGUUGGGAUGCCUUCCCUUUUUCCUAUGUAUAUAGCAUAUUGCAUAUUGGGCCGGGUGGCGUUUUGGGUGUUGACUGACAGCUCUGCACCGAUGUGCAUCAAAUAAAUCCGCAGUGCUGUACUUGCUCGCGAUAAACUAUAGCUAAUAUAUCUGAUGCUUUGCUAGCCUGCUGCUUAGUUGAAGUAGCGGGAUAUAAGUUAUCGAUUCUUGUCACGUGCAAAUCCUCACCGCG